GGCACCAGGAUGAGGCAAUGAAGACAAGGAUGGGUCCAGGCCUCCUGCUGCUGAUUUUCCUCUUGCCGGCCUGCCUGGCUGCGGCCGGAAGAGAGACGCCCUACGAGAAGUUCCAACGGCAGCAUGUCGACACCUCCGGGAGCUGGGAGCCCGACCCCAACCGCUACUGCAAUCUCAUGAUGCCACGGAGGAACAUGACAGUGUUCAACUGCAAAGAUCUCAACAGCUUCGUCCACGGGGCGCUGGCGAUGAUAACCGCUGUCUGCGGCUCAGGGGGAACACAGCAUCACGGGAACUUUUACUACAGCAACUCUCCCUUCCAGGUCACGGACUGCCAGACAACGGGAGCGUCCCACUGGCCCCACUGCGUUUACAGGGGAGAUGUCCACAGUAAGAGAAUUUGUGUCGCCUGCAAAAAUGGGCAGCCUGUGCACUACGCCCGGCCGUCAGUGUGCAGCGGCCCGUGAGCCAUGGGGCAGACAUGGAGCCCUGCAGCUCCCCUGGGCUUUGGCAAUGCUGGCAGCCCUGCACACCCGUAGCUGCCGGACGCCGUCACCACCCUCCUCCCCAACAGAGUAUUUCGGCACCUCAUUGGGGACAGCAACAAAGGCUGUUAUUCCUUUUUCUAUG